AUGGCUGAACCCGGCGGCGGCCUCCCACUUACGACACGAGAGCAUCACCACAUGACGGACCUCACGAUGGACCAAUACGAGGAGGCGGAUGUCUUAAAGGAUCGACUCCUGGCAUGCCUACGGGAUCUUCAGCAUGUCCUGGAUCAAGGUCGCCAUGCAGCUCAGGAUGUCACGAAUGACGUGAAGGCACGUGCCCUACAACUGGCCCGCGAGGAGUUGACUGGGAAACAGCUCCACGUGAGUUGUAACAGCGACGAAGAUUUGUGGACGGAGCUUUGGAAGCUUCUCUUCGAGCUGCAGCGACCUGCCGAGCCCCAGGCAACGCAGGAGAGGAAGCCUGAGGCGAUCGACCUCCCCACUUUGAAGUUUACUGUGGAAGUGACAGGGGGAUCGAAAGGCGCAACCUUGGAAAGCAUUAAGACGACAGUCAGCUACGGCCUGAAAGUUGUGCGCAUCCUGCACCAGAGCAGGAGUGACAAGAACGGCAAAACCUUGCACGUUGUUGACUUUCCUGGUAGAGCCGAGCCCCUCAACGACGGAGACGAGUGCUGGGUGCUGCCACUGCUUGAAGAUGAUGUUGACAUUUCCGAUCGCUGCAACUGUCAAAAGAAGAUUGACGGAGCCUUCGAACACUUGUAUACCGUCGACCCAGACAACUCGCUCGCGAGUGUGCGAAUCGCUGCUUUCGAUCCAAGGCAGCACAGAAAAGACGAGGGCCGUUGCACGGCCUUCAACCUGGCAGCUUUUUCCAAGAAAUACAGCAAAGACGGGGAGCUGUUCCUGGACAAGCUACCGCUGCGCUUGGAAGAAGUUCCAGACGCUUUUGCACCGGCGGCUGUCUGCACUGAAGAGGUUGCAGAUGCAUUGCUCAUGCACGUCAAUGGCCUCAAGGAGGAUGAGUCCACCACAGCGUCCACAAUCCUCCGAAAAGUUCAGGAACUUCAAAAGCAGCUGGAGGAGGAGAAGAAGGAGCACAAGCAGGAGCAGGAGCAGCUUCAGGAGCAGCAGCAGCAGCAUCAGCAGCAGCAGCAUCAGCAUCAGCACGACCAGCAACGCAUCUCCAACGAGACCUUUCUUCAUCCCUUGAACGAGCUAAUCGCGAAGACCGUGGUCCGUGGCAUAGACAAGGAGUUGGACGGCGUACUCGAAGAACUCAACUGGAAGUGGAGUGAAAGCAGCUUCUCGAAAACACCACAGAUGGACGAGCUCAAGCAAAAGCUGCGAAAAUGUCUCACCUUCACUACGACACGUGAAGACUUCCUUGACUUCCAGGAGGAUUCAGCAGCAACAGCAAGUGGCCGGGAGCUGAAGCUGCAACUGAGGUAUAUGAACAUGCGCAACAAGUACAACAUCAGUCCAGUGGGGGUGAUCCACAACGGGAGCGGUUUGACAGGUUUGUGGGAGAUCCCUGAGCGAUGGACAACCGUCGUGUUCCCGCGCGAUCGAAUCGUGUUUUUGGAACCCCCUCACCUGCUCAGCCAUGCCUUCAAGCAGAAGAUUUCCUCGCUCAUGCACGACGACCUUCCUAAAGUGGAGAAGCGGGUUACAGUGGACCAUGAACUCGGCCAGCCAGGAUCACCUCGAUCAUUGCUCAAAAGACUGAAGACAGCAAAAGACACUGUGCUGGAAAAGUGUGGUGGCCUGAAGCCGGCGGAAACGCGACGUAGUCAGAAAAGGAAGCAGAAGGCGGGAGAUAACCAGAUGCCCAUGGCACCUGAACCAGCGGAGGAAGCUAGGGACCACCACGGUUCCUGA